AUGCAAACACCCUUCGUUUUGCCCCCUAUCUGGCAGAAUGAUGAUGAAAUGUACCGUCUCAUGCAAAGAAUCAAGCGCCCUCGCCAGAUAGAUCCCACGGGCUUUGACCAGAAGAUUUCAUUUUGGUCUAAUCUCAUCGAGGACUACGCCAACUGCCAUCGCAUUGUUGUGGUCUCAGAAAGUGCCUUGAAGAAACUUUUCUCGCGCGCAUUCCCUCCAGACGGGGCUGUACUUUCACCUGACUGCCUGCAUCAAGUCCUCAACUAUAAGCUAGAAAACGGCACUUUAAAACUUCCAGAAGUGGAUGGUCUGAUUUUAAAGUUUGCUGGCCUUAUGUAUGACAUGGCGAUUCGAAAGCCUCUCUCUUGGACAUGGUCGUACUUGUCCGGAUCGGAGUAAGUUUGCCGAUUCUGUGUCGAAGCUAUCCACGCUAUCCCUAGGGCAAGUGCCUACUCGGAGGAGAGACGUUAUGGGAGUCCAGACGCGGAUCUUAUACUCGCCCGUCCGUUGGAGAAGUUUUGUGAGGAAUUCAGACGUAGCCUCGUAUCCGACCUAGAGUCUUUAUCAUCAGAGGACCUGGUAUUUAUCUACGAAGACUUUGAAAUGGCCCUGUCCAAUUUUUUUGCUCAUGAAUUGUCACGCAGCUUCGUUGAGCAAUCACUGCUUAAAGAUGGAUAUAUUAGGAUUGAGAGCUCAUCCGACCUGAAGGUAUUUUUGCCUGAACUCGUGACCCUUUAUAAACGCUUAUUGAUAUCUUCCAAAUUUGGACACGCACGACGCCGCUCACUUAGAAAGGUUAGAUGAGACUUAGGGCUUUGCGAGGAGACGCAAUCGCUAGAACGAGGGUUUUAUUUGAAUGAUGUUUCAUAUUCACACUGGAACAUAUAAUCAGAAGAAGCAUCGAAUAGGGGUGUGGUUGCGAAAUAUUUGCAGUAUUUAUGGGAUGCAGUUGCUAUGUCACUGCAUACCUGUAAAAGAAGGGCUUCCGCAUUCAUCGCCGAUGGUUGCACUUGGGACGUUACUUGCUUGAUUACCCACAGCCGAAUCGUUAACUGCCGCGUUUUCUCUGCCGCACGCCGGAACUCGUUUUUUCAUGCAUCGACAAUUAGUACAUCAUAUUGACUUUGUUUAGUGGAUGCUCGCGUUUCUUAUUCGGAUGGGAGCAGUUUUAAGUUAGGCGACUUUCUGUAAAAAUUUUUUCUGACAUUCUUACAGUAUAACCUAAAUUUUGGUAAGGUGUAAAAAAGCUUUUAUAGUGUUUUAUUGACUACGUUCCUCAGUGGUUAUGAGACUCGCCAGUUUUCGUCGUACCGGCUCACUCGUGCGGCCUACCCACCGGAAGUGAGAAAACAACCCUACUUAAUUGUAAGCAGUAGCCAGUUUCGCUCGCUCAUUGAAAUUUUAUGUACAAGGAUUUACCUGGCAGUUCGUAUUUUCCAAAAACUUGAGCACAUGUUGUUAACUGUAGGUUUGCCACUGCCAACUUCAAUUCCGUUGCAUUUCAGUUUGUGUCGUCGCAUAAAUUCACCGACUUUAUCCUGGAAAUGUGAACAAAAAGUCGUAGUCGAGGCAUUCGAAUUAUUUCUGCAAAGUAGAUGCGAUUGAACGGAAAUCGCCUUGGACGCAUCCGAUUUCUUCUACUUUUUUGCUCCUGUCUCAAAGAUUUGCUCUAUGUUUGACAGAAAUAUUUGCAAACGAAUAAGUGGCAUGUUGAUGGGUUAUCCGACCUGCGGAAUCAUUGCUGCGAACAGUGGAAUGGCUGGUUUUCAAAAAUAAAGACCGAGGUUAUGGGCAACCGACUGGCUUUCCGUAGUAUCUUUACCUCGUAAGGAUUAUGAUCGUCUAAACACCACGGACAUCGGGAAAACAGCAAACCAUGUAGGUUUCGAGGCGUAAAUCACUUACGAACGCGUUUGUGUUAGGACGCUCUGUCGACAUAUUGAAAUGCACAGCAGUGAAACGAAGACAAAGUAGGUAAGAUGCAACAUCUGCAAAGUACACUCAGGAUGAAUGGCUAUCCGCACACCUCCAACAGUAAGUGCGCACAGAGAUGAAGUGAAGGACCAGAAUGCACGCAAUUCAAGUUCUGGCGAGCGCUUCCUUAUUCCGGGAUCAUUGAAGCCACCGACCGUCUUCCCACAUCACUCACAUUGGAGGGAGGGGAGGAGGGAGGUUGCAAGUGAACCACAGGCAAUCAUCCGAUGUCACCCGGUGACACCGACAGUGCCUGAAGUCGUUUACCGGAUUUGGUGCAGUUGCGGUCAAAUCAACUAAGUGAGGGAAAAAGGGAGCUUGCUUCGGUCACGGAUGACCGAAAGUACAUCCGUAGUAAGAAGGCAUGGCGCCAACCCUCAAGCGCUGGCUCUGUAGACGGGAUUCGGCUACACCUUCCUGUUCGACGAGGGAUGACAACCGCAUGAAUCGCUAGCUGCUUAACUCAUGGAACUUCAAUUCACAGAAUCCAUCAAUGAAAACAACAGCAUCAUCUGUUCACAUGUAGUUUCAUUCGUGCGGAGAGAGCUUCUAUGAGUACUAUGGUAAAAAACGGAGAGGCUUAUUGAUCACUUUACAGGGUAUACACUUAUCUUUGCACCCUGGGGCUCAAUCUAGGGCCCCACAGGCAUCCGCCCAGCGACUAGUAGUAUAGACAAAAAGAAAUUCCCGAUGAAGGCAAGGGAGACUGGAAUCGCCAUUCCUUAUUUAUUAGCCGUCAUCAGCUGGGCAUACUUAACUUAAGACUUUGUACCCCCGUGAGGCCCGAACCCCUGUUUUGUCGGUUAGGAGUCCGACGCUCUAUUCAUUUAGACACGAUCGAGCAAAUAACUAUGGUUGAGAGGCUCUCACCGAACGCGUUAAGAGACCUUCUCCUCCCGCCCUUUUGGGGCUUGAUUCUGAAUCCAGUAGGCCGCCGCACGGCGGUAAGUACAGACAGUGCGUGAUCGAUCUCAUGAAAUGUUGGUCAAAAUUCUGGAAUGCGUUUCCCAUUAGAACGGAUUACUUAAGCGGGGUUGUUGUACUGAUCAUCAUGCAGCAUAACCCUAUAACAUUUCGGACUCGCCAGGAUAUCGGCUUUUGAAUGCAUUUCUUUUUGAAUUCCUGCAGAAACCACACUCGGUAAAAAAUGACUACUUGAGUAGCAUGCAUUUUCCCUAUUUAUUUUCGGUGCUCUUAUAAAUUCAAAUAUAUUGUACAGAAAACGUACACAAAAUAUGCUUUCGUUUGCUCAUUUGAUAGGAAAUCACACUGUUAUCAUAUUUUAUGCCCGAAAAAGUGUGUAUUUAGGUUUUAAAAAAGUUUUUAAUUAUGAGAUUUUUAAGACCAUGCGAUGUCCAUGCAUGCAAGGCCACACAUCUCCGUUUACUAGUGCUCCCCAUUAAAUGUACAACACAAUCUAGAUCCAUUGCAAAAUUUCAUGAACUCUAUGUGAAAUCUCCUUAAAGGCAUAGAGGAAUAUAUGAUUUUCUUUACGCGGAAAGCAUGCACCUUGUAGACUGAAAUUGCUAAACGCUGAUGCAAUGGCAGAUCAGACUUAAAAUUAUUCGGGACUUUGGAGACUUUUUAAAACCUGAAUACACGCUUUCUACGGGCAUAAAAUAUGAAGGCAGUGUGAUUCCAUACCAACUGAGCAGAAGAAGGCAUAUAUUUGUAUAUAUAUUUGUAUAUGACAAUCAAAAAUUAAUAGGAAAAAUGCAUGCCACUUAAAUAGCCAUUUUUUACAGAGUGUGGUUUCUGCAGGAGGUCAAAAAGAGGUGCAUUCAAAAGCCGACAUCCUGGCGAGUCCGAAGUGUUAAAGGGUUAUGCUGCAUGAUAAUCAGCAUAACAACCCCGCGUAAGUAAUCCUUCCUAAUCGGAAACGCAUUCCAGAAUUUUGGCCAACAUUUCGUGAGAUCGGUCACGCACCGUAGUACUGUUCUCGGGGAGUGUCGAGGCGCUAAUUAGCAGCACGCAGGCUAAAAUCGCGGCUGUUCACGAAAACGGUCGCAUAACACUCUUUGUAAAGGGUUUUAAAGUUUUACGCACGACAGUUUUUGAGUCAGUUAUCAGGGCCUUAUGAUUUCGAUAAUUUGGUGUUUUAUUCAAGCGAGCUGUAGAAAAUAGGUAGGCCAUACAGCCAAGAAGCGUUUUCUAGAGGACGCAGGUGAACCGCCGUUCCAUAAAUAACCAUAUAUAAUAACACACUCAUCUACCUGCUAUACCCAUCACUCUGUAUUUUUUUGUCCCUUGCUUGCGAAGCAAAUCCACUUUAAUCCGAGCGACUCUGCUUUAAUUGGAUUUCCAAGACAAAUCGCAUCUAAUUCUUACCAACUUUUCCCGCCUUCAGCUUGUCUUCCUUUCGAAGUCCUUGGAAUCUUCCUCAGGCAGAAAUCAAGCGGCAGACUCCAGCGUUCUCUUUUCGGUUGCACGACUACGGCUUUCCGCCCGCAAAAUCUCUUCGGAAGAACAGAAGUUGGCCAAAGCCAUCGAAUCUCUGCUAGCAGAAAUCAAGAAAUUAUUACUUGCUAAGAGGUAACUUGCAACCCGUGUUUUGAUCUACUCUAAUUCUGCUUCAUGCCACCACCGAAUUCUGCCUCACAGAUGUGACCUCCCUUAGGGUCAGUUUGUACGGCCCGCGGUGUAUAUAGAUUACACAUGUUGUUACAAGAACUAAAUCAGUUGAAACGCAGUGCAAAAUACCCCCGCGACCCCCCUACAACAAUGAUACCGUCAGGUGUGGUUAGUCAGUAGUCGUUCGAAAGUCUGUUUGAUUUCUCUCCCCUCCCCUGCGUUAGACGUGCCAUCGUAUCGAUUUUCUUGGAGUCCGCAAAGGUUGUCCCUUUUGCUGGUACUUUAUGUCUGAUAGUGACCCAGUCCGUUACAGCUAUUCCUACCUGUUAUGCCUCUGUAGACGCAAAGAAGCACUGGGUCUUCUGAAGCGCAAAAAGCAACUGGAGAAAGCAAGGAACGAGAGGCUGCAACAGCUGGCCAAUUUGGAGGCUCUAGAGCUCCAACUUGGUGCAGCCAAAGACAACAGGACCGUCAUUAAUGCCCUGUCGACUGCUGGAGAGGCCCUGAAGGUCGCCACCCGUGGUGCAGAGGGUGUUGAAGAAGCCGAACGUACAAUGGAUGACCUUGCUGAGAUGGUGGAAGAUAACGAGGCGGUAGGUCAUCCUCUAAGCCCUUGCCCAUCGUGGACUAUUUAAGUAAAACAUAGUCACUUCGCAUGCAUAUUUUGGUAGACCGCCGUCUGUACACCUAGUGGGAAACUAACUUGUCUUGUUACCUAAAUUUCAGAUAUCCAAAGCCCUUGGUUCUAUGUACAGAGAGACCGAAGGUGAUACAGACUGGGAGAAGGAGUUAAGUGAACUUCUGGCGGACAGGACUGAACCCAAGACUAAGGCUCCCUCCUCGGCGGAGCCAUCUGAUGCUGAAUUAAUCCGCCAGCUGGAAUCGCUGCAGGUUUAUGAUUCUUCAGAGCCCCGCCCAUCUUCAAAGGCUGCACCAGCCCAGUGA